UAAUUGAACUCCACAUUAAGUACUCUAUUCUAUAUACAUUUUUACUUCAAUAAAAAGAUUAUAGAUGGCUCAUCUCUACAUAAAAUGAAGAGUGGUGACGUGAGAGAUGACAUUUUAUGUUUAUUAUUAUUUAAAAAAAAAAUGUAGUGAAAAAACAAUUACGGGGCUGGACCUUAAAAAUAAGAAGUGUUUGAAUAAAAAUUAAAUGUGAAAAUAAAAUAAAAAUAAAUGUGAUAUGUAAUUAAAUUAAAUUAACUUUAUAUUUAAAUAAAUAAAAUAUGGCUUGGCUUAAUUUAAAUAAUAGUAUUAAUUCAUUAAAAGGCCAAAUUACAAAUCUAGCGACCGACUUAUUAUCUGAAGGGAUUAUACAGAGUUCAGAUGUGGAUGAAAAUAUAAUUAUAGAAAAUGAUUCACGUCUUCAAGAAUUGGAAAAUCUUGUUUGUGCACAAAAGACUGAGAUUGAAACAUUAAAAGAACAAAAUGAAGAAUUAAGUAAGAAGUUGUUUAAAAAUAAUGAACUGUUACAAGAUGUACAAGUAUCAAAUAUACAACAACAACAACAAGUACAAGUACAAGAUGUAUCAGUACAUGAAUCAACAACAACAAGAACAACAGUUGAACAUGAUGAACAUGAAUGGACAAUGUUUGAUAAUGAUUUUGAAGAAGAUAUUAAUAAUAUAAAUUGGUUAUUAAAGAUACCUGAAGAACUAAAUGAAGAUUGUUUAUUAACAACAGAUAAAUUAGUUACAUUACGUGAUACAUUACAACAAGAUUUUAAUAAAAUACAAUCUGAUUAUAAUCAAUUAAUUCAUCAUAAUCAACAAUUACAACAACAACAAUCUAAUUAUGAGAAUGAAAAUGAAUUAAAACGUUUAAAGAAUGAUUUAGAUUUUUAUAAAAUGGAAUGUGAACAAUUACGUAAAAAUAAUGAAUGUUUAUUUGAUAUUAAUGAAGAUCAAAAGCAAGAAAUUAAUAAUUUAAAUGAAUUACAUGAUAAAAUACAAUUACAAAAUAAAGAAUUAAAACAACAACAACAACAAGAAUGUAUUGAUAAAGAUGUACAAACUGAUAAUAUUGAUAGUGAUAAUAUUAAUAAUGAAUUAUAUAUAAAAUUAAAAAAUGAUUAUGAUGAAUUAUUAAAAUUAAUAAAUUUAAAACAUGUAGAGAAUGUUGGAUAUCAUACAGAAAUACAACGAUUAAAUACAAUUAUAUUAGAUAAGAAUAAUAAAGAAGAACAAUUACAAGAUAAAAAUGAUUUCUUAGAAGAGAAAUGUAAUAAAUUAACAAUAAAAUUAUUAGAUGAACAAUCUAAAUUACAACAAUUACAUAAAGAAUUAGAACGAUUACGUGAACAUUUAUUAAAUAUAGAAGAAACACAUACACAAGAAAUGUUAGAAAAUGAUUUAAAAUUAAAAGAAUUACAAAAUAAAUUAAUGAAUUUAGAACAACAUUCACAAGAUUCAACAUCAAUAUAUACAUCAAUAUCAAUACGUUAUAAUCAACAAAUAGAAACAUUACAAAAACAAAUACAAUUAUCUAAUCAAGAACGUGAUCAAUAUCAACAACAAUUAUCAAUAUUAGAAGAUCAACAUUUAAAACAAUCAACUGCUAUCACGAAUUUACAAUGUGUUUUAGAACAAUUUCAAAAAGAUAAAGAAAAAGAUAUAAUAGAAAGUACAUUAUUAAUACGUAAUGAAUUAAAUAAAGAAUUAGAAAAUAAAAAUGAUUUAUUAAAAGAAAUAGAUUUAUUAAAAUCACAAUUAUAUGAAUCUAAACAAGGUUUAAAAGCUGCAACACGUUUACAAGAACAAUUAGAAAAGGCAAGACAUCAAGUUUGUACAUAUCAAGAUCAAAUUGAGAAAUUAAAUGCAAAAAUAACAACACAAGAAGAACUAUCUAAAGAAUUAACAUCACAUGCUAUCGAUAAAGUGGAUAAAACUUUAAUCAAGAACUUAUUUAUGGGUUAUCUACAAACCUCCUGUACCAAUCCAAAAUACCAUCAACAAAACAUGGAUACACAGAAAAUAUUAAAAAUCAUUGGAACGGUCUUGGAUUUUAAUCAAACUGAUUAUGAGAAGAUAUAUGGGGGAUCUGGUGGUUCAUCUUGGUAUCAAACAAUAAUGAAACCAACAUCAAGACAACAAGGUGCUGAUCUUGGACUUGGAGAGAGUUUAUCAGAAGCAUUUAUUAAAUUCUUAGAGAAUGAAUCACGACCAAAACCUACAAAACCUCCAUUAUUACUUGUCAAUAAUAAUGGAAGUAAUAGUAGUCGUAAGAAUUCAACAACAGAUGGUUCUACUGUUGAUUUAAAUCCAACAAGUAGUAAUAGUAUGACAUCAUCUUCAACAGCUGCUGGAUCAUUAUUAUUAAAUGAUGUUUUACUUCCUACUUUUGAAGAUUUUGCGCAUACUCGUAGUUCUAGUUCGAUUUUAAAAGAUGUUUUAAAUAAUAAAUAAAAAAUACCUCAUCCCAAUUAAUUACCUCCUCCUUUUUUUAUUUGCAGCCGGUUUAUAAUAUUAAGUGGGCUUGUUUGUAACUCCCGAUCAACAAGGGAAAUUUACGAAAAUUUUAAAAACUCGCCACAAAUUGUUCCAAACUAUAAAAUUACUUUUUUUUUUCUUUUCCAAACUGAACCGAUUUCGAAAAUUUUAAUUUUUUCGGGUAUGAAACCCUAAAUUCGUACUUGAUACAUAACUAAGAGCACUCUUCAUUAAAUUACCUUAAAAACAAGACAAAAAAAAAA